UAACUUUCAAUGGAAGUACCCAAAAGAAGUUUUUCCCCCCAAAAUCUUAUAUCUCCUAAAGAAAAACUCAAUUUACUUAUUUCCCAACAUUCCUAAUAAUUUAGUAUAAAGAGCAUAUUUCCCUCCUCCUCCUCUUCUCUCUCCCAAAGCCAAACACUAAUCAGUUCAUACAAUUAGUGUGUUACUGGAAACUUUAAAAGCUAAAAUAAAACGCACAUUACCCAGUCAUAUAGUCUAUCCAGAUGAUAGGUUAGCAUUUUGCUCAAUCUUGAAUUUAUUUACAAGCACGCAGCGAGGUAGCUGAUGGAAGCCAGAGGAUGCGCAGUAGCCACUGCGAGAAAGACAAAUCUUACGCCUAAAGCUAUUAUAUAUAAAAAAUUUGGUAACAGAGCAUGCUAUAAAGUAGAGGAAGUGCAGGAGUCUAUUCAAAAUGGAUGUCCAGGAUUGGCAAUCCCACAGAAGGGCCCCUCUCUUUAUCGCUGCAGCUUAGAACUUCCUGAAAUUUUUGUUGUGUCAGGCACCUUUAAAAAGAAGAAAGACGCUGAGCAGUGCGCUGCUGAGAUGGCUUUAGAAAAGCUAGGCAUCAAUCCUGCAGCUGAUAAUCCAACUGAGAAGGAACCAUGGGAUGCUUUAAUUGAACGUAUGACAUAUCUUUUCUCCGAUGAGUUCCUCCAGUCUCUUCACCCCCUGAGUGGCCACCUUAGAGCAGCUUUGCGGAGAGAUGAUGACCUCUGUGGUUUUAUACCAGCAUCUGUUGUAGCUGUCUGUGAUGCAAAACUAAGUAAUCUAUGUAAAUUACUUAACCCUAAGGCGGAAGCAAAUCCUUUCUUGGCUGUGUCAUUUGUCAUGACGGCAGCUACAAGAUUGGCUGGGUCUGUUGUUACCACCAAGGGGCAGCUUUCAAUUCAGAAACAACAUUCAUACUCUCCAGAGAUCAUAGAGGCAUUAGAUAUCAUAAACUCUGACAAUCCAGAUACCAUAAGUGUUGAAGCUGUAUAUAUUCCAUCAUCUCUAGAUAAGCUUGUUCAGCCAGUGAGUCUUACUGUAUCAUCAGCUGGGUAUUACCUGGAUGCUAUAGCACAAAAACUUGGUGUGGCAGAUGCCAAUAAGGUGCUGCUUUCCAGGACUAUUGGUAAAGCUUCUUCUGACACUCGAGUAUACUUUGUUGCUCCUGAAUCAUCUGGUUUAAGUCUGUCAGAAAAUCUUGUAAAUUUGGAAUGUCAAUUUGAAGGAUCUCUUAACCCAAGGGCAAGUUACAUCUGCAGUCAAGUUAUAUAUGGUGAUGCAAUUAUGGCAUCGAUCGGCUACACAUGGAGAUCUAAAGAUCUUUUCCAUGAAGAUUUAUCCAUGCCAUCAUAUUACAGGAUGUUUAUAAGCAAGAUGCCAAGUGGUAAUUACAAGUUGUCCAGAGAAGCAAUACUUACUGCAGAAUUGCCUUCAGUAUUUACCACAAAAUCAAACUGGAGAGGUUCCUUCCCUAGGGAAAUAUUAUGCUCGUUCUGCCGGCAGCACCGACUAUCUGAACCUGUUUUCUCCUCUGUAAGUCUACCUUUAAAAGCAUCAAGUUCGUCAAGACCACAAAAGCCGGUGAAUGUUGCAGAGCCUGUUGAACAGAAGCAAGCGUAUUCAAAUGGAACAGGCACUGCUACUGAUGAUUUAGAGUCACUGGAAUCUAGAAGUGUUUUUAGAUGCAAAGUAAAAAUUACUUCCAAAUGUCGGGAUUUGAUCAUCGAAUGUUCACCUAAGGAAAUAUAUAAGAAGCAGAAUGAUUCAGUCCAUAAUGCUUCUUUGAAAAUUCUCUCAUGGUUGAAUGGAUAUUUUAAGGACCCUGGAAUGCCCGUGGAAAAGCUAAACCAUUCCGCAAGUGUUUUGGACAUCCAAUUUUGUCCUGAAAAUUUCUUUAAGGAGUUUUCAUUAUGUCCAUCUGUUCAUACUCUUCAGCAUGAGGGGAAACAAGAAGGCACAUUGCCAGAAGCAAUAAGUGUGAAUGUGCCGUAUGCUUCCCUAGGACAAAAUGUUUUCUCUUUCAACAUAGAGGGCUCAGAUUCUGGAGUCUGUCCAUCAAAUGGAUCUUUAUUAUGCAUAAGUUACUUUGUAUCUUUGGUGUCAGAAGGCAAACACACGAAAGAACUUCUUGAGAGCAAUGCUGAGUUUGAGUUUGAGAUGGGGACUGGGGCUGUGAUUUCUCCUCUUGAAACAGUUCUGGCACAGAUGUCAGUUGGUCAGUCUGCUUUUUUCAGUAUGGACUUGCCCCCUCAUGAAUUUAUCUUAGCUGCAGCUAAUGACCACGAGAAGAUUGUUUCAUCAUUAUCAUCAAAAGCUUGCUGCUUGGAAUACUCCACAACCUUGUUGAGUGUAACAGAACCCCCAGAAGAAAGAAUGGAGCAGGCUCUUUUUAGCCCCCCUCUUUCCAAGCAACGGGUAGAAUAUGCCCUGCAGCAUAUAAAAAAAUCUUGUGCUACUACUUUGGUCGACUUUGGGUGUGGCUCUGGAAGUUUAUUGGAUUCUUUAUUAGAUUACUCAACUUCUUUGGAAAAAGUUGUCGGUGUAGACAUAUCACAGAAGAGUUUAAGCCGUGCUGCGAAGAUACUUCAUACAAAACUAAGCAGCACGAAUUCAGAUUCAGGCAUCAAAUCUGCUGUUCUUUAUGGCGGUUCCAUCAUAGAUUUUGACUCUCGAUUAUGUGGAUUUGAUAUAGGCACUUGCCUAGAGGUAAUUGAGCAUAUGGAGGAGGAGCAAGCCUGUCUGUUUGGCAAUGUUGCACUUGGUUAUUUUCAUCCCAAGAUUCUUAUCGUCUCUACUCCGAACUACGAAUAUAAUGUGAUUCUCCAAAGAUCUAGUCUCACAAACCAAGAAGAAGAUCCAGAUGAGAAGACGGAGUCGCAAUCUUGUAAAUUUCGCAACCAUGAUCACAGAUUUGAGUGGACUAGAGAGCAGUUCAAUAGCUGGGCAACUGAAUUAGCCAGACAACACAAUUAUAAUGUUGAGUUCAGUGGAGUUGGUGGUUCUGCAGAUGUGGAACCAGGGUUUGCCUCUCAGAUUGCCGUCUUUACGAGGGAGAUCCUACCUCAAGAAGAUGAUCUUUCAGAGAAUAAUAAGUCUGAAAAUAAUUGCAAAGUUGUAUGGGAGUGGAACAGAUUUGAUACAUCAGAUCCUCCUUGAUAAAUAGUCAACACUUGAGCUUUUUGUGAGGCACAAUUGCUACAUUUGUACUAUAGUUUAUUGCAGCAAUAGGCUAGACUGAUACUUGCACAAAAUUUUGAGAUAGGAAAACAAUUUUGGAGAAUGAAAAUGGCUAAGUGCCAAUUUGCCCCCUGAA